AUGCCGACACUGAAAACCAAAUUGCUCACUUUCCAUACUAACGGCAAGCCCGUCAACCUUCCAAGUGACAGCAUACUCGCCGAUCCCAUUCUUCUCACAACCAAGGGAGCGCAAACUCAAGUUGUGGAAAUCGAUGGCAAGCAGGUCCUCAGGGCACUUCUGAUUCGUGACGUUCCAAAUGAUGCCCGAGGGUUUUUGUAUAUCGAGGGGCUAGCUCAGGAUGGGGAAGUUUCCUAUGCCGUAUGGUUACCCCACCAAUCUCCGGUGAUUCUAGUAAAUGGGAUCGUGGACGUUGGCCAAUCGACCACGGGGAGCACACCAAGCGAAGAAGAACGACUAUCAACAUUGCUUCAAUUGGACACUUUUUCGGAGUCAGCUCCCCAGUGA